AUGGGCGUUUUAUUGGACUUUGUUGCUCCCCUGUGCGUUUUGUCGGUGCUUGCUGAUGUCGCAUUCUUGCAAAGUACGGCGACGGCUCCUGGACAGCCUUUCCAAACUGGACCUGUGGGCCAAUUCCAGAUCGUUGGCGAAAGUUUAGUUAGCGCUCAACAGCUUUUCUUGGGAACGGAGGACAAGGUAUACAUUGUAGACAAGGUAGAAAACAACCCCGGUCAAGUCAAUGGGCAUCCAGCAUGGGCAGUCGAGUAUGGUGUCGCCGCCAACAACGCGAAACCCAUGGACAUCGUGACGAACUCAUUCUGUGCGGGUGGGAACGUUAUGGGCGAUGGAACAUGGCUUAACGUCGGGGGAAACCAGGCCGUCACUUAUGGCGGCGCCGCAGCUCUAAGUCAGACCGGAGGUGCUCCCUAUGACGAUCCGGAUGGCAGACAAUCCCUCCGGUUGUUGAAUCCCUGCGAUGAUAACUCUUGCGAUUGGCGUGUAUUUGGAGAUAUGACAACUCAAAGAUGGUAUCCCACUGUAGAAACGCUAGAAGAUGGAUCGCUUAUCAUCCUCGGUGGGUGUAAAAAUGGGGGAUACGUGAACGAUGCUGGGCAAGACAACCCUACCUACGAGUUCUUCCCUACCAAAGGAGAUCCUAUUCCUUCAAACAUCCUUCAGACAACGCUUCCCACCAACUUGUACCCCCUCACGUGGCUUCUUCCUUCCGGAAAGCUUUUCAUACAGUCGAACUGGAAUACUUCCCUUAUAGAUUACCACACUUACGAGGAGACACCCCUUGACCCUAUACCAGAUGCCGUGCGAACAUACCCCGCCAGUGCUGGCACUAUCAUGUUGCCUAUGACUCCCGCCAAUAACUGGACGGCUACUAUCUUGUUUUGCGGUGGAACCAACCUUCAGCCCAAUCAAUGGGUUCCCACUUGGAACAUUGCGGCCAACCCGACGUCCACGUCUUGCGUCACCAUUACCCCAGACUCGUCAGGAUCCUACUCCCAAGACGAUCCUCUUCCCGAAGGACGUUCAAUGGCGAACCUCAUUUUCUUGCCAGACGGGCGGAUCCUGUGCCUUAACGGCGCGAACCUUGGCACUGCUGGAUAUGGCAAUGACACUUGGGCUAUAGGGCAGUCAUACGCAGACAAACCUGUUCUGCAGCCAAUCAUCUAUGAUCCCUCUGCCCCGAAGGGAUCCCGCUGGUCAAGCCAGGGUCUCUCGCCCAGCACGGUUCCGCGGAUGUAUCAUUCGUCUGCGACUCUUCUUCCCGAUGGCUCCGUAUUCGUCGCGGGAUCGAAUCCUAACUCUGAUUACAAUGUGGGUGUGGGCAUUACGUACCCUACGGAGUAUCGGGUCGAGAAGUUCUACCCAUCGUACUACAACCAACGUCGUCCGGAGCCUCAUGGUAUCCUGAAGCAAUUGUCAUAUGGAGGACCAUACUUCGAUAUCACUCUGGAUUCAGCUGAUCUUUUCGGCAACGUCCAGAAUGUGCAGACGGCCAAGGUUGUAGUCAUUCGCACGGGAUUUUCAACGCAUUCGAUGAACAUGGGUCAACGUUAUGUUGAGCUCCAGACCAGUUAUACUGGAUACGAGAACAACACUGCCAUUCUGCAUGUUAACCAACUGCCUCCCAACCCGGCGGUUCUUGUUCCUGGACCUGCUCUGCUGUUUGUUGUCAUCAACGGCGUUCCCUCUGUUGGUGUCCAGGUCAUGGUUGGCUCGGGAAAAGUCGAGAAGCAAACCGUUGACUCCUCUGCCAAUCUUCCAGGAUCCAGCGUUCUUCGGGCUUCGGACGUCAGCGGUUCUUCAGGUGGAAGCAACUCAAACAAUAACAACAGCAAUGACAAAAGUGCUGGUUUCUCAAACAAAAUCUAUACUUCUUGGACUGUUCUUUUCGUUAUCUUCGCGUCUUUCGUUUUAGGGUUGUGA